AAACAUCCACAGAAACGACCGGUGAGCACACACAGUAUAACAGUCUUACAGAGAAUGGCAAUGAUCACUACUUGGUUUUAACGUCUGAACACAUACGUCGGACUACCGGGUUUCUUACACCUGAAUACACACGUCCGUCGGAUCACCAAGUGUCUAACACACACACACAUGUCGGUUGGAUCACCAGGUUUCUAACACACACACACACAAGUUGAGGAUCCUACGCCUGAGUGGGGAUCGAGCCGUGCCAUGGAACCAUGACCCCAGAGGAACAUCUGGAAGAAUUCUGCAACGACGCCAGUCCCAACUGGUUCUGGUCUCAGACCAUGAACUACGUGGGCCAGUUGGCGGGCCAGGUGUUUGUGCAGGUGAAGGAGCUGUACCGGGGCCUGAACCCGGCCACUCUUUCAGGCUGCAUUGAUGUCAUCGUCGUACGGCAGCCCGACGGCACCCUGCAGUGCUCGCCCUUCCACGUCCGCUUCGGCAAGAUGGGCGUGCUGCGCUCCCGUGAGAAAGUGGUGGACAUAGAGAUCAAUGGAGAGCCUGUGAGUCUACAAAUGAAGCUGGGGGAGAACGGAGAAGCCUUCUUCGUCAAGGAGACAGAGAACACACUGGAAGUGGUUCCGUCAUACCUGGCGACGUCACCUAUCGUGUCCCAGGGGGCGGAGCUAAUGGAAGCUCAGCUGGGGAGGGGUGUGUCUCGCCUCUCUGACCCCGCCACCCUCCAGGUCCAGUCCCUGGGAUCCCAGCAGACCACAGGAGGAGGAGGAGGUGAAGGAGGGAUGAUGAUGAAGAAGAGAAGGAAAAGGAGGAGGAAGGCACGGGAAAGCGGAGGAGGGAGACGGGAGGAGAGUGGGGAGUACUCAGAGGAUGAGGACAUGUUCACCAUCGACAUGAGCACUGAUGAGGAGAGAGAGCACGACAACAACAGUAGCAGGGCCUCUUCUCGGGAGCUCAAUGGAGAGCAGGGCCCUAAGGCCAGUGUGUUGAGCAGCAACUACACCCAGAACACAACAUACACACACUCUGAUGCAGACUGGGCACGCUCACAGAGUGCUAUAAUAGAGCAGACACGUACUCUGUCUAUCCCUCCUAGUGGUGGUCUGUCCAUCUCCUGUCCACAGCAGACUUCUGUCUUCCCUUCUCCUGUCAGCAGCCCCGGUGGCUCCCGCCCCUCCACUCCGAAGAGUGACUCGGAGCUGACCAAUCAGAGCAAAGACAACCCUGAGAUUCUGUGGGCCUGGGGGGAGCUGCCACAAGCUGCUAAGCCCUCCUACCUCUCUCCGCCCCAGAUGCAAGAUUCUGGGAUGAAGUCCCCUGUCUCCAUCCCUGUGUGUGACAGCACACACUUCAGAACCAUCCCCGGAGACUGUGGCCCCCCUGGCCAGACCCAGAGCCACCCAGACAAUGGCCCCCCAUCCCUCAACCCGUACAUGCCCCAGCCUGGUAACAACACGGCUGGGCCAGUUGCUGGAGGGGACAUGGAGUUAGUAGGGGCAGCCUGUAGAGAGGUGGAGGGGCUGAUGGCCUCCAGGUUGCUGUCAGAACUGGAUGAGGUGGGCCAGAGGAGCAGCCCGGUCAGACGCACAGACUCCCCAUCCAAGAGGAAAGACAAGAGGAGCCACCACCUGGGCUCGGAUGGAGUCUACCUGGAUGACAUCACUGAGCUGGAACCAGAGGUGGCUGCUCUGUACUUCCCUAAAAGUGACGGUUCAGUGAGAGGGGGCUCGGAAACAGGGGCGCGGAGCACCAACCAAUCACCUCAGUCGGUGGGGAGCAGUGGGAUGGACAGCGGUGUGGACAGCUACGCUGACCAGCUUGGAGACAUGCCCAACAUUGCCAUCUCUCUGUGUGGAGGUCUCACUGAAAACAGAGAGAUCACAAAAGAACAGUUCCAGGAGAGAGCCAUCUCUUACCAGCAGUUCACUGAAAACCCCUCCAUCAUCGACGAUCCCAACCUGGUGGUCAAGAUUGGAACCAAGUACUACAACUGGACCACCGCAGCCCCUCUCAUGCUGGCUAUGCAGGUGUAUCAGAAGCCCCUGCCCAUGGCCACGGUGGAGAACAUCAUGAAGGAGAAGAUGCCCAAGAAAGGAGGCCGCUGGUGGUUCUCAUGGCGCAGCAGGAACAGCGACUCCAAAUCGGACUCAGUGUCUGAGACAGGAGUUGGAGACGGGGGAGAGACCUCUCUCAGCAUGGCUUCAGUCAAUGGAAUGAAGGAGGAGUCUUCCUCCAGCGAUGAGGAACACAGACCGUCCAAUCAGGACUCAGAAUCCUGCCAGCCCGAGCCUCUUCUCACUCCUGGUAGUGUCUUCUACAGGAAGACCCUCAGACUGACCUCAGAGCAGCUGGCCAGUCUUCAGUUGAAGGAGGGUCCUAAUGAGGUGGUGUUCAGUGUGACCACUCAGUACCAGGGCACCUGUCGCUGCCAGGGCACCAUCUAUCUCUGGAGCUGGGACGACAAGAUUGUCAUCUCAGACAUUGACGGCACCAUCACCAGAUCUGACACCCUGGGCCACAUCCUGCCAACGCUGGGCAAAGAUUGGACCCACCAGGGCAUUGCCCGCCUCUACCACCGAGUCAGCCAGAACGGUUAUAAGUUCAUGUACUGCUCUGCAAGGGCCAUAGGUAUGGCUGAUAUGACGAGGGGGUAUCUCCACUGGGUCAACGAGAGAGGAACCAUGCUGCCUAUAGGACCUGUCCUACUCAGCCCCAGCAGCCUGUUCUCAGCCCUGCACAGGGAGGUGAUAGAGAAGAAGCCUGAGAGGUUUAAGAUUGAGUGUCUGACCGACGUGAAGCAGCUGUUCCACCCCAACACUGAGCCUUUCUACGCAGCCUUCGGCAACAGAGCCACGGAUGUGUAUUCCUAUAAGGAGGUGGGCGUUCCCCUAAACAGGAUCUUCACAGUCAACCCCAAGGGAGAGCUGAUACAGGAACACGCCAGGACCAACAUCUCAUCGUAUGGUCGUCUGUGUGAGGUGGUGGACCACGUCUUCCCCCUGUUGAUCAGAGGUCACGUCUCGGACUUCUCCUGCCCUGACACCUUCAGCCAGUUCACCUACUGGAGAGAACAGCUGCCCCAGAUCCACAGCCCUGAUCAGCCCCAGGUCCACAGCUCUGAUCAGCCCCAGAUCCACAGCCCUGAUCAGCCCCAGGUCCACAGCCCUGAUCAGCCCCAGGUCCACAGCCCUGAUCAACCCCAGGUCCACAGCCCUGAUCAACCCCAGGUCCACAGCCCUGAUCAACCCCAGGUCCACAGCCCUGAUCAGCCCCAGGUCCACAGCCCUGAUCAGCCCCAGGUCCACAGCCCUGAUCAGCCCCAGGUCCACAGCCCUGAUCAACCACAGGUCCACAGCCCUGAUCAGCCCCAGGUCCACAGCCCUGAUCAGCCCCAGGUCCACAGCCCUGAUCAACCCCAGGUCCACAGCCCUGAUCAACCCCAGGUCCACAGCCCUGAUCAACCCCAGGUCCACAGCCCUGAUCAACCCCAGGUCCACAGCCCUGAUCAACCCCAGGUCCACAGCCCUGAUCAACCCCAGGUCCACAGCCCUGAUCAACCCUUGGUCCACACCCCUGACCAUCCUCUGGAAAUCAGCUGUGGAGACCCACUUCCACACCAGACCACCCCAUAAGUGACCUGUGUGCAAUCUGGGAAGGAAAGGGAGAGACACAUUUAUGAUGAUGACGGCGUGCAAAUGAAAGAAGCAUGUCUCUGCUCUAAUGUCACACACACAUACACACACACACACACACAUACACACGCACAGCAAUGCAUAAGCAGACCUUAACACACACAUGGUUGCCAUGUGCAUACUUAUGCACUAGUGGAAGUUCUCUCCGACAACAACAGGCAUGUUAGCACUGAGUGGUAUUUCUAUGUACUCACCUUUCCUAUUUGUGUUCUACUCCUCAGUGUUCUGCUCUACAAUACCUAGCCUACUGUUCAUCAGGUGCAAAAGGUGCUACUUGUAUACAUACUGUAGCUGCAACUCCGACAAGAAGCACUGAUUCAGUUAACCUGGGGGAAAUCACUGUGAAGAACAGCCUAUCAACGACAGCUAUUUCACCCAAUUAGCAUUGCCCGAUUGAUUCUAGCACUUUUAGUCUCCAAUGUGGGUACAGUAAACCGCGAUGCAUGUUCGGUUGACCCGUUCAGAUCUAACGAUCACAUGAAGUGCGAAUGUAAUAAAUGUCGAACAAAGCAGGAUUAUGCUCAACUAGCGCUAUUAUCAUAGCGCAUGGCGAUAAUUCAGUUCACCCGUUCGACCUCCAAACAUUUGUCGAUAUAAUCAAAACAAAUGUUAUUUGUCACAAAAACAGGUGUAGACCUUACUGUGAAAUGCUUACUUCCAAGCCCGUAACCAACAGUGCAGUACAAGAAAUAGAGUUAAGUAAAACAUUGAAUAAAUGCGUUUUAAAGCGCGUUUCCGUUCUAGUAAGUAGCGUUCUAUAUUCGGUUUUUAUUCUUCCGUUUUUGUUGUUGUUGUCAUGUUUUGUGUAUGAUAGAUAUGUUAGUGAUCAACUGAACUGAAACUGUUAACCAGUGCAGCUCCUCACUAUUGUUAACAAGGCACAGAGGAGGGCUGCCUCUCUCGUUGAUGCCUCUCGCCCAUAGUCGUCAACAGUCCUUAUAUGGUCAUGUAACCAAACAACCUGAGAAAAACGUGAAACUGACGUUACUCUUGACAGUAAGCCGUGCAAGAAAACUCAGGUUGUCAGUUUUAGCAGUCGUCUCUGUCUUCGUUUCUCCGCCACUCGUCACGGGUUUCCACGGACCGUGACACACAUUGUCAUCAAAUCAAAUCAAAUCAAAUGGCAUUUGCCACCUGUGCUGAGGUCUACACCUGUUAUGUUGGGCGCAUGUGACAAAAACAAUUUGAUUUGAUUUGAUGACCUGUCCGAUCCUCUCUGUGUGCAGUGUCAUGGUUUUGGCUAACAUUAACAGGUAAUCUUGUGCAGACAGUAGAAAACAUAUUAUAUCCUCUGCUUUGGUGUAACUGCGAGAUGAGAGAAACCUACAAAUGUAUGAACUAUUUAAUUAAUUUCACAUUUUUAAGCGAGCAGCUUGUGAACGCACUUGGAUUUGGGCUUUGGUUUUUAUUUCACUUUAAAUAUUGUGUUUAUGUGAUUGAAUCUGAAUAGAGUUUUGAUGUUCAUUCUCACUGUUGUACAUAGUGCAACCUUUUUUUAGCGAUCGAAUUCAGAAACAUUGUCAGUAAAAGUGGCUGGCUGCUGGACUACAGUAGUUUGACCUUAAGGCUAACAACAUUUUUGCACUGACAGACGUAUAGUGUCCACUGAAGCGAAACCAUUGAGAUAUUCUACAGUCAACCAAUCAACAUUCUCCUGAAUUCUAGAAUCUACUACUUAGAUACAAAGAACUUGGACAAACAGGUUAAAUUGAACUGUCGCUCCUUGUAAUUUCAGCAAUUAGAAUGCACAACAACCUUGACGGUUCUGAACCUCCCCAAAGGGUUUUAAAGCACAAAGCACUAACGACAGUCCGUCUGUCCAAUCAGAUCUCUGUUGUGAACAGAGGCGGCAGGAUGUUUCUAUGGGUGGCUACCGUGGAAUGUGUAUCAGCAUAUGUAUAUUGUGCAAUUGCCAAUGUCAUCCUGUGUGUAAUACGGAUGGAUAUUCAAGACGUCCUGCAUUACCGGAAUGAAUACUAACACUGUGAUACAGUAUUUCUCUCAUUUUUUAUUGAUCAUAUUGAUGACCACUAUAAAACCUGAUUGCAUCACUAUGGAGGAGAGAAGGUUCCCACCGUCCCUGUGUCAUAUGCCGUGUUGAUUACUUUCAACACCUUUUACAUUCACUUUGGUUGAAUUGACUACCAGUGGGAUGGUUGAAACCUCCAUUUGCCAUGGUUCAGGAGUAUUGUGACAUGGCCACUAAUGUGAGAUGUUGAAUUUACCACCAACCGAAGAGGUGUGUUGGUAUUAGGAGGAUAACGGAUGGACGGACGGAUGGAUGGAUGAGUCAAUGGAGGCAUGUGAUAUCACUGUUGUUGUGUUUUAAUCCUCUGUGUCGUUGUCUUCUGUUCUCCCUUUACUGUACUGUCACAAGAUUUGUUCCAAGUAUGUUAAAGUACUACUGUAUAUUCAGAUUAAAUGACUGUAUUCUUUCUGUGAAAGAUCUAUAUAAACAACGAGCUUGUUGCCUUACAGUAUGCCGUGGCUGUCUCUACCCUCGUUAGUUUGUUUCUGAGAUGUACAGAGUCAAUUACUCUCGCACUGUGUCAUGUUGUAUAGGUUAACAAUCCAGUCUGAAAAUAGCUAUAAUGGAAAUAGGUUUUUCAAUAAAUGCAAAGUUGAUUGUUGAUGGA